UUCCAACCAUAAAAUCAAAUGGCUUUUUCUGUUCAUCUGCUUUUACAACACUGACGUCAUUCCCUGUUAAACAUUUUAAGUACAUGCACAGGUGCAGCAUGUAACUUUGCAAAAGGCUCUUAUUCUAAUCUAUGACAAAGCUGCGCUCACACCUCCUGCUGAUGUUGAACAAACUCAUAAAGUUUUUCACUGCGUAAAUAAGAAGAGGCAAAUUUACAAAUGCAUCUUCCACCAGCCAGCUUUCUAAAUAAUGUGCAUCAAUCAAUUUUAUUCAGUGACCUGCAGAAAAUGUCCUGCCCUUUAAAACUGACUGCAAAUGUCAGAUGGCUCUUCGGCAACAAGGUUGUGAACAUUUUAAGACAUCCUGACUCUCUGCUUAUCAAUAGGCUCUCCGCUCUCUGCUUCGUAUGUUGUGAAUCUUAAGUCAAGGGGAUUCAAAUGGCCAAAUGACUCAUGAAUUAGUGCCAUAAAGAUGGGGGUCAUUUGUCUGGCUGGCUUCUCCAACAUCUGCUCCCCUGGGACGUUCUUGACAUGACAAUCAAAGCACCUGCUUUGACUGCAUUUACAAAGUCAGUAAAACCAGUUAAUCAAGCCAAAGAGCUCGAAAAACACGACUGUGUCCUUGCAGUGUGGCCUGCUGCUUCCGCCUCUUUAUUGAGUCUAUAAUUCACCUCGGACUGCUGCUUGAUUUAUCCACACAAGAGGAUGUGGAUUUGUAAUGGCUCUAGUGGCAAGAAGUGGUGUGUGUCUCCUGCUGCAUGUAUAUAACCCGGAUGGGAUAUGCAGGGCAUCCAGACGCCUUCACCUGAGGACCUCUGUGCCAAUCAUACCCACUUCCAGCAACGACCUCCGGCAGUGAUGAAGUGCAAUCAUUUCCUCUCCUGGGCAUUUGUGCUUAUGGCCUCUGGCCCACUGUUGGCCCACCCCAUUAUGGAUUCAGCUGAGAUGCCUUACUCAGGACCCGCAUCCGUGGAGGAGCAAGGAAUCAGCGCUCUGGAUGAUCUGUCCUUCUCUGAGCAGACUUUUCCCUCACAGGAUGGUACUGGUCUCAGAUAUUCCACAUUGAUAUCCGGGAAUAUCAACAGAGAUGGUGUCAGAACUGGAUUGCUGCCCAGGGGGAUGAAAAAAGACUUUUUUCUGGAGAAGCAGCGUCUUCUUAACCCCUUCGGCCAUAUUCUAGGCAUCCAGAAAGAUUUCAGGAAGAGAUCUGGGAAUACUGAGUGCUUCUGGAAAUAUUGCGUUUGAAAAAAUUCAUUGUUGUCAACAAAAAGGCAGAGACUGCACUAAAAAAUAAAUAUAUAUCAUACCUAAACCUGUUUUUUUGCACACUAAAAAAAGUGGACUAUUGUCGGUUUUCCUGCAAAAAUUAAAUGCCUAAUGUGUGACUGAAACCUGCUGAAGAAAAACUUAUCAGUUCUUGAUGUUUAGUUGUCUUUUUUCUUCAGUUUGUCCUGUGAGUGAGAGCUGAAAGUUAAACACUAUGUAGUGCCAAAAAGAAAUAAAGAUCUAUAAAAAAAACCU